CCCACUCCACGUGCUUCCGGUUCACUUCCUGUUUUCCCGCACGUUGUUUCUUCUCCUCCGUGAAAACAUCGGCUUGUUCGUUUAUUUUGAAGCGUUUCCAGCUGCAUUUUAAAAUAACAACAUGCCAAAAGCCAAACAGUCGAAGAGGAGGAAGAAGUUCGAUUACAACAAAAACAGGAAGAAGCUAAAAAAGAAGACUCUGAAGAAAUACAACCCGAGGAUCGAAAAUGAUCAGAUUCGAAAUGCAUGGGACAGAAAUAAGUCGAUGGUGAGGAACCUUCGGGAGAUGGGUUUGGCCUUUGAUCCAAACAAAAGUCUGCCCAUAAAGAAUCCGAGGCUCAUUGGUAAAGACCCUGUGACCAAGGCUCCAGUCGGCGUUGUCACUAAACCCUACGUCCUCAACCAGUUGGUGGAGGAGGCCAGUGUUCCAGAAAAGGACUCCAAAACACUGUCUUCAGACCUGAUUGAGUACGUUCAGUACAUGAUCCGAGAGCACAAGGACAACUACAAGGAGAUGGCGAGAGACGAGAAGAACUACUACCAGGACACCCCCAAACAGAUCAAGAGGAAGAUAAACGAAUACAAGCGCUGCCACCCGGACCAUUUUAACACCUUCAUGAGCUCCCUCACAGACGCUCAGCCCAUGGAACAGUGACCCCUAGUGUACAGGAGGGCUAUGGACACAAGAGACACUGCACUGCGAAAAAAAACAGACAAACGAUAUCUGUCAGUAAAAGAGUGAAAACGCUUCAGUUCAGAAUCUUGUUUUUUUUUUGUGUGAUUUUGACAAGUUUGUGUGUUGCUCAGUUUUGAAGGUGUUGUCCAUCCACCUUAUUCCAGAAGUUGAUGUGGGCGCCGCCGUCAUCAUUUGAGUUGUAUUAUUUUGUGUGGGGCUGCUGGUCUUGACCGUAAAUAAGUUCAGUACGGACGAUAAAGCUGUUUUAAAGCCCCUCAGAGAAUCUGUGCAGUGUGAUUUGUCUGUGCACAUGAAACAUUUUUACAUCAAUAACCAACUUUGUAUCAUGUUUAAGAUGCAAAACGUUUCCCAAAUUCUCUGUUGACAUGAAUGUGAUCCCUGUUUAAUCAGAAGUGCUGCCACAAAAAAGUGCAGUUUACAGGGUCCCACAGUCAAGGAAAUCCUGGAAAAGUCAUGGAAAUUGAAAAUGUCAUUUUCUGGGCCUGGAAAAGUCAUGGAAUUUUGUAAAUUCAAUGAAAGUUUUGGAAAAGUCA